UUCUACUAAUAUAACACGACAGUACUCGUCAUCUUCGCCCACUCACACUGUUCGGCUACAUCCUCCCCGUGUUCCUGACAGUCCUUGUGUAACUUGAUUGUGGUAUCAUAGCAUGGCAGACAAUGUGGAACAGUGUCGAGCGGCCUUGAAGAGAUAUUCCCCCGGUCAUUCCCUUCGAUCACGGUAUCUCAACAAUCUCGCCCUCAGUCUUAGAGACAGAUUCAGGCAGCGGGGCGUCCCGUCUGACCUUGAUGAGUCCAUCGAGCUCCAUCGGGCUGCACUACUCCUUUGUCCCCCUGGUCAUUCUGAUCGACCACACUCUCUCAACAAUCUCGCCAACAGCCUUGGAGACAGAUUCAGGCAGCGGGGCGUCCCGUCUGACCUUGAUGAGUCCAUCGAGCUCCAUCGGGCUGCACUACUCCUUCGUCCCCCCGGCCAUCCUGAUCGACCACACUCUCUCAACAAUCUCGCCCUCAGCCUUAGAGACAGAUUCAGGCAGCGGGGCGUCCCGUCUGACCUUGAUGAGUGCAUCGAGCUCCAUCGGGCUGCACUACUCCUUUGCCCCCCCGGCCAUCCUGAUCGACCACUCUCUCUCAACAAUCUCGCCCUCAGCCUUAGAGACAGAUUCAGGCAGCGGGGCGUCCCGUCUGACCUUGAUGAGUCCAUAGAGCUCCAUCGGGCUGCACUACUCCUUCGUCCCCCUGGUCAUUCUGAUCGAUCACAGUCUCUCAACAAUCUCGCCCUCAGCCUUGGAGACAGAUUCAGGCAGCGGGGCGUCCCGUCUGACCUUGAUGAGUGCAUCGAGCUCCAUCGGGCUGCACUACUCCUUCGUCCCCCUGGUCAUUCUGAUCGAUCACAGUCUCUCAACAAUCUCGCCCUCAGCCUUGGAGACAGAUUCAGGCAGCGGGGCGUCCCAUCUGACCUUGAUGAGUCCAUUGAGUUCUAUCGCGCUGCACUGCUCCUUUGGCCCUCCGGCCAUUCUGAUCGAUGGUGGUCUCUCAACGGUCUUGCCAACAGCCUUGGAGACAGAUUCAGGCAGCGGGGCGUCCCGUCUGACCUUGAUGAGUCCAUCGAGCUCCAUCGGGAUGCACUACUCCUUUGCCCCCCCGGUCAUUCUGAUCGAUCAGAGUCUCUCAAGAAUCUCGCUAGUGGCCUUGGAGACAGAUUCAGGCAGCGAGGCAUCCCGUCUGACCUUGAUGAAACAUUUAGCCUGUUCUUGCAACUCCCACACAUAUCUCAUGCAGUCUCUCGUUCGGAUCUUACUGCUGCCAAGUCAUGGGCUACCGCUGCUGAAGAGACAAACCAUACUUCUGCAUUGCUCGCAUAUCAAACUGCAUCCAAAUUCCUAGAUCAGCAUGUCAAUCUUUUGUCGUCUUCUUCCCGUCAUUUCGAUGUCGUGAGGAUGGCUACGGCGUCCCUUGCUGUGGACGCCUUCUCGUGCAGCGUUCGUCAUGGUGCGCUGACAACUGCUGUGGAACUGGUGGAGCAAGGUCGUGCAGUAUUCUGGACCCAGUUGGUACGCUUAAGCUCGCCGUUCGAUGGACUUUCCUUGCCCGGUGACACCGGCGGAGUCUUAGCGGAAGAAUUCAAGCAGCUGAGCGUUCACCUUCGUACCGCAUUCGAUCAGUCUACUGAAGACCAGUCCCCACAAAUCCGACAACUGACCAUCCAAUGGAACGAUGUCAUCUCCCGCAUCCGCAUGCUCCCUGACUUAUCUCGGUUUCUUCUGCCUCCCAUGUUCUCAGACCUACAGAAGGCCGCUGACGAGGGUCCUGUCAUUAUCGUCAAUGCUAGUCAAUACAGCUGUGACGCCUUGAUUGUCCUAAGUGACCAAAAUCCUGUCCACGUUCCGCUUAAUGUCACGCGGGCUGAAGUCUCUGAAUUGUCCUCCGAUUUUCAGUCCGUUGCAGAGCAAUUCGGUUGUUCCGAUCAUCAGAACAAGCUUGUGGGCAUCCUCCGCAAGCUUUGGCAUGAUAUCGUUGACCCUGUGAUUCAAGCCCUUAGAAAUUCGAAUGUUUGCCCUGGCUCGCGUAUAUGGUGGUGUCCUACUGCUGAAUUUACUUUGCUUCCUCUACAUGCAGCAGGACCCUAUGAGAGGGAGAGAGACAACUUGUCCCAGAUUUAUAUCUCCUCUUAUACCCCCACUUUGGCGACACUCGUCCGUGCGAGACAGCGCGUUUCUCGAUAUGGAUCUACUCAAUAUUUUGUUGCAAUUGGUCAAGGAAACCCGGAGAGAGGGAAGGAACUGCGAUGCGUCGCUCCUGAAUUAGCUGCCAUAGCUCAACGUCUCGUACCCAUCGUGUCAUCCUUCACAUCACUCCGAGACAACCUCGCAACUGUGCAAGGUGCACUCGAUGCACUAAAUCACAAUCAGUGGCUCCAUCUCGCCUGCCAUGGAAUGCCCCAUCGGACACAACCGUUCGAAUCUUCCUUCACAAUGCGCGAUGGGCCGUUGAUGAUCAAGGACAUCAUCCGAUCCAACUGGCAGAACCCGGAGUUUGCAUUCUUAUCGGCUUGCCACACUACCGUUGGCGACGAGAAGAGUCCCGACGAGUCGAUCCAUCUCGCUGCAGCUAUGCAAUUCUCCGGAUUUCGCAGUGUGAUUGGCUCAAUGUGGUCCGUCGACGACGAGGUUGCACGGCAGGUUGUGUCUGCUUUUUACGACAAGUUGGUGGAUGAUUCAGGGAGAUUAGACUGCAGACGUGCUGCAGUGGCGUUGCACAAGGCUGUGAAGAAAUUGCGGCGCAAUAAUAUUCCACUGGAACAGCAGAUCGUAUUUGUUCACAUAGGUAUCUAGUUUGAAGCUUGAUUUGUUAUUUUAUUGCAUCUCCUGUGACCCCGACUACUUUCAUUCCCCCGCUGUCCUGCUUAGAUCUCAGUUGUUUAAAUCAUGACUGUACGAUACUUUUGAUAUUUCUUUUUCGUGCAUUAUUGUAUGACAAUCACGCCUUACCUUACAAGCCUGCGAUACCGUUACCUGCUGUUAUAUACUGCUCUGCCAGCUUUAUCAUUGCCUUUGUCUGGUACACAUAGUCGCCCCACGGACUCGUGUGUGACUGUGCUUAGAUGCGCCCCUCUGUACUGUACUGAGUCUUUGCAUCAAAUAGAAUGCAAAGAUUAUCG